CGGGGACGGCCCGCGCAGAGGGACGGACCGGGGCGGGCGGCCGCGCCGCGGGCACCAUGUGGAGCCGCUUCCGUGGCGGCGCGGCCGGGGGCUCUUGGCGCCUCGCCGUGCGGCGCCUCGCCGGGCCGGCCAGUGGCCGGGAGGCGGCAGGGGCAGCGCGGCCGGAGGGGAGGCCUCGCAGCAAAAUACAGAAACCCUUCAGCACAAGCAGCGUGUUUUCUGCUGAGAAAGAUGAAUCCACUGCUUCCAAAGGCAGUGCCACUGAAGUGGAGUCGAAGAGUCAGGAGGGUACAGCAGAAACACCAAAGCAGAAGUUGUUAGAACUUAUUGGUAAUAUGAAAGUAGAAGUCAGCUACAGGAAGAAACUCCAACAAUUAAAAACACGUGAAAUCAAAACGCAAGCCACAAACAAGCUGGAAGGCCCAGACAGUGAAGGUAGCAUGCUUCAGCAAACUACAGAAGGCACCCAGCGCGGCAGGCCUUUAAAUCCAGAACUGGUGGCAGCUGCUUCUGCAGUUGCAUCUUCCCUACCACACAACAAGAAACAGACACAAUCAGAACUACUUGCACAACUAAGACGACAUGAAGAAACCACAGAUAAACAGAAAAAAGGGGGAACUAUUAAUCUACGCAACGUUAUUUCAGAAAUGGCAGUUAAAAGGCAGUCCCCAGCUCAGAAUGGUGUGAGGAUAUCCAGUCGCAUUUUCUUGGAUUGGGAUGAGGAUGGUCAAAGAAUCAAGUCUGAAAGAUUGUCAUCUCAGUCUUUUCACUCCAGAAGAAGUCUCAAAGUAGGAAGGAGGCUUAAUAUAUUCACCAAAGCUUCUACAGAAACAGAAAAUGCACUGCAAACAGUAUCUUCACCAACAAUUUGGGAUCUGGAAUUUGCGAAGGAGAUUGGAGCAAUAACUGCACAGCCUCCCCGAAAUGGUUUUGAGGAGAUGAUCCAGUGGACAAAAGAAGGAAUACUGUGGGAGUUCCCAAUUGACAAUGAAGCUGGGAUGGAGGAUGAUGCUGAAUUUCAUGAACAUAUCUUUCUAGAGAAACACCUCGAAGACUUUCCCAAGCAAGGACCUAUUCGCCACUUCAUGGAACUAGUCAUCUGUGGGCUUUCGAAAAACCCAUACCUCAGUGUUAAACAGAAGAUUGAACAUAUUGAGUGGUUUCAGAAGUAUUUUGAGGAAAAGAAAGAACUUCUUCAAGAGAUUUGAGACUUGAGAAAAUGCUUAACCUUGAAAUGAAAAAUCGUUACGUCAAAAUUGAUGGUUUCUUACAAUGGAAAUACUGUCAGUGCAUAGCAAUCAUGUGACCUGAAAGUUGUAAUUUAAAUAAUAAACUUAAAGGUCAUACUUUCA